UUCGCCAUUUUAGCCGUACAGUGAAAGGAGAUUUAUGAAUUUCGUCAGGCUGGAGGACGAAGAAUAUUUUGUGAAAAGUGUGUCAUAUUUCAAUUUUUUGUAGUGAAAACGUUUUUUUAAUAAACAUCUUAGUAUAAAAGUGUGAUUUUGUUCAUUACUAACAUUUGUAUGUAGUGCUACUUCCCAGUUUUCUAGUUUGUAAUAGUGCUCAUUCGUGUGUCGCUUAGCUAAUUCAAUGGCUAUGAUAUUGAAAUUUUAACUCUUGGCGUCACUUGACGUGCUAACUGAGGGAUACUAAGGAGGAAAGGAGGUGACCUGAUAAGAAAUGAGUAGGCCUCAAGGCGGACGUAUCCAAGUCCCAGAUGAUCUACGAGAAAUCUUGUUGGAAUUCACUAUAAGUUACCUGUUGGAACAGCCAGGGGAUGUUAUCAACUACGCAGUCGAAUUCUUUACUAGGUUACAAAACAAUCGGACCACAACCAUAGUCCGUGGCCCUUCAGCGGGCACACCCGAUGAAUCCAUUAUAUCAGAUGAAGAAGAGCCGCCCGUGGCGCGCUUCAACAAUCGACGCAAGUCCGUUUUUGCUGAAACAUACGAUCCCGAAGAAGAUGACUCUGAUGAGGGUGCUCCGGCUGUAUUCCCCAAAUCUGAUGCUCAACGGGCACGUCUCGCUGAAGCCGUGCGCGGAAUUCUUCUAUUCCGCUCUCUCGAUGCUCAACAAAUGCAGCAGGUGCUAGACGCAAUGUUUGAAAAGCGCUCCGAGCCUGGCGAAUACGUGAUCCGACAAGGAGAUGACGGCGAUAACUUUUACGUCAUCGAAAAUGGUGUCUUUGACGUACUCGUCACGGGAGAUGAUGGAGUUGAAAAGGUGGUACACACAUACGAGGGCUCAGGCUCAUUCGGGGAGUUGGCCCUCAUGUACAACAUGCCUCGGGCCGCGUCAGUGCGUGCGCAGAGUCCUGGAGCCCUGUGGGCCAUGGACAGGCACACCUUCCGUCGCAUCCUGCUCAAGAGCGCCUUCAAGAAGCGCAAGCUGUACGAGGAGCUGCUCGACAAAGUGCCCAUACUUAAGGCUCUACAGCCAUAUGAGCGUGCCAACCUCGCCGAUGCCCUUCUUCCACGCACUUUAAUAGACGGUGAGCUGAUCAUCCGCCAAGGAGACACGGCGGACGGCAUGUACUUCGUCGAGGAUGGCUCCAUCAGCAUCCGCAUCGCUCGUGAUGAUGGAAACGAACAUGAGAUUAAGCGUCUGGGCAAAGGCGACUACUUUGGCGAGCUGGCUCUGGUCACUCACAAGCCGCGCGCUGCCUCAGCAUACGCCAUUGGACCCACCAAGGUUGCUUUUCUGGACGUGGAAACCUUCGAACGUCUCCUCGGGCCCUGCAUGGAGAUCAUGAAGCGCAACAUCGACGACUACGAGGAGCAGCUCGUCAAGCUCUUCGGAGACAAGAGCAACCUCACCGACGUGCGAUGAACUGCAUCGUCUCGCGGCCUCCCUUCAGCGUAAUCCGCUCCGAACCCUCCCGUUCAGCCGGUGGCCGAAGCCGGGGCCCGCCCUCCUGCUAAACUUUAUUAACCUUCAAUUCUGACGAGGCUAAAUCUUCACGGUAGUGCACUAGAAGCUGUAAAUCAACCCUCUCACUCUGAGACUCGAUACAAAUAUGCACACAAAACGCUUAAGGUCCGUCUCUCCCGUCCGACCCUAUCCCCCAUCUAUCCAUCUCUGACUCUCGGGAGAGGCGGGUUUUCUCCCGUUUUCUAGAUCUUCGGCCGAAAUUAUAUACGCUCUCGGAUGUUCUCGUAUUUGGAGAACUUUGAUUUGAUGUUUAAGUAGAGAUAAAAUAGUGUAAAAGGUGUGACACAUCGGCUCGGGGUUACGCGAGGGAGGCGACGAGGGAGGGCGUGGUCGCAAUAGUGCCGCAGGUAAACGGAAAUACGCUUAUUGUAGAAGAAAUUGGCACUCCGCCACCUCGGCCUCCGCUCGGCCCUUAGGUUUAUUUAUUUAUUUUUUAUUUACGAAGCGAUUCGACAGUACGUCGGAGGAGCGUUUCGUCUCAUGUUGAAACGAUAGUUUAUUUAUUUACGAUUUGUUACGUUUUAUUUUAUUAUCGGGAGGGAUUUUUGUUGAGGCGAAUGUGUUUCGCGGCGAACGCGUUCGUUUCGUGGAGAGUUCCUAAAUUAUGUCGUUUUCCCAACUGCUCUUUAAAGAUCCGAGGCCCUCGGCGACCGACUCCGACUUCCUCGGUCUAUCCAGUGUCAGUUUGUCCCCGUCGAACCUUCGAAUGGAAGAAAAGUGGAGCCGGCCGAGUCCGCGGCGGUGGUUAGUCGUUAUCGCUUCUCGUAGUUAUUUAAAUAUUAGAUUAGUGAUGCAGGGGCGCGUACAAAUGUUUUCAGUUGCCAUAAUUAUAUAUCGGAUUAUAAUUUACGUUCGUUAUUCAGUUUUAUUUACGAUUAUUACGGUUAUAUAUUUUAUUUGACAUUCCUCGCUUCUGCGCCCUCGAGGGCCCUUCUAGUUCUUCCCUUCGAUGAAAGUUCUAUAUUCGUUAUAAAUGAUGUUUUUUUUAAUGUUAUACAUAUUCUAAUUAGAUUGACUGUCGUUAAUUUUAACCGUGUUUCCUCACGUGUACCUCGUUUCAAACUCGUAACGAUAGUUUCUCAAUAGUAUAUUUAUCGUUUUGCAGCGUUGACGGUAUAUAAAUGAGAUUUAUAUUUACCUAACUGAACAUAUAACACAAUAUAGGCUAUAUUUAUUGACUCGACGGACGUCCGGCGUACUCUGAGCGGGCGUGUACGUCGCAGGUCCGUUCCUUGUGCGUCGUCACUUCCGCGGGUGAGGCGAGCGCGUCCACCUCUACGCGUCUGUCCCGCUGCAUCCGAUUCGUAGUCGGGGCGUGCGAUAAACUAAUGGUUAAUGUCGUGAAUCAUAUAAAUCAUAUAAAGUUUUCGUCAUUGUGCAAUUGUUUGUAAUAGGUAGCGUAAGGUGUCACAUUUCUCUUCACGUGCAGACGUCACCGAACCCCAUCGCGUCCCACUCCGGGACUUCCCCGACGCGGGCUCGGGAGACGGGUUCUGAAGCACAAAUAUUACGUGGUUGGGGUUCCCUCGGGACGCCCGGUCGGACGCGCUUAUCGUAGCGUAAUUUUAUAAAUCACUAGUCAUCGGCCGAUCGGCACAUUUGUCCUCUCGUUAGAUCUCGUACGCGUUAGACUUGAGACGUCAGCCCCGUCCCGCGAGAAGCGCGUCGAGAGCGGCGAGUCCGUCGCCCGCCUCCGACCUGCGCUCGCGCAUCUGAAGCCAGUCGCGAACUUCGAGCGUCGCUCUACCGCGUCGUGAGCUUACCCUGUACAUUUAUAAAUUAUGUAUCGUAAAAUGUUAGAAAACUGAAUUAUAUUUGUUUGUAGAUCU